CUGCAUUGUCGUUGUUGCCGCACGAGCAGGACAAUAUGAAUCCACUCAGUUCAGAGAAGGAAACAUUGAUUGAUGAAAUUGAACAGAGUUUAUUCACUUUAACCGUGGACAAUUUACGCUACCUGUGUGAACGUCAUGGCAAAGAUGGCUCUGAAAUUAAAGGGAUGAAUCAUCGCUUAUUAAGGCGUAAAGUCAUGGAGGAAAUGUGGGACAAUACGGAUUCAAUGAAAUCAGAGGAGCAGGGAAUGUCUUGGUUAGUCCAACUGAAGGAGGACAUCAGGAGGAUACUGGAGGAUGCUAGUGGGGCACAAAUUAGUCCCAGCAAGUCCGAUGAUGAUGAUGAUGCUGUAGACUGUGAUGAAGAAUGCGACAAGGAGGACAGCGAUUGGUUGCCUAGCAAUGGACUGAAGGCGGAACACUUGAGUUCCAGCCGAUCCGAUGACGACGCUGCAGACUGCGACAAAGACUCGGACGUGGAGGACAAGGAUUGGUUGGCUAGCGAUGGGCUGGAGGCAGAGUCAGAUCCAGAGAGGCACACUCCAGAGCAGAGAAACAAGCUUCCCACGUCACCCUCCGCCCUCCUGAAGUCCCCGGGUCGUGCCUCUCCCAGAGUCCCCGGGUCGUGCCUCUCCCAGAGUCCCCGGGUCGUGCCUCUCCCAGAGUCCCCGGGUCGUGCCUCUCCCAGUAGCGUAUUACUGCUGGGUCUGAAGAGGGUGUCUGUACAGCUGGUCGACUGCAGGAAGACACCGGGGCAGAGUAGCCAUAUAAUACACAAGACAACACAGACAGGAGAGAAACCCCACAGCUGGUCUAAUGCUGAACAACACAAAACCCUCUCAGGAGACAGGCCUGGCUCCCAUAUCUGUGAUCACUGUGGGAAUAAUUUUAUCACAGCAAGAAGUCUACAACUACACCUACAGUACCUGAAGAGAUUCAGAGAGAACUUGACUGGAGAGAAACCACACGUGUGCUCUACAUGCGGAAAGGGAUUCAGUGAGGCUGGCAGUCUUAAGAGACACCUGAGAACUCAUACUGGGGAGAAACCAUAUGUUUGCCAUCAUUGUGGGAAGGCUUGGAGUGAUUCUGGAAACUUAAGGAGACACACGAGAAAAACUCACCCAGGAGAGAAGGUCGUUGUGAAGAGCGUCCUUACAGGAGAGAAACCUUACCAUUGCUCCUCUGACGACUGUGGGAUGAGCUUCGUUACCUCACGCAAACGCAGAGUACACCAGAGAAAACACACAAGAGAGAAGCUUCGCAGCACGCCUAAUGCUAAGCAACGUAAGGAACCCCUCUCAGGAGAUGGCUCCCAUAUCUGUGAUCACUGUGGGAAGAGUUUUAUCACAGCACGAAGUCUAAAACGACACUUACAGUACCUGAAGAGAUACAGAGAUAACUUGACUGGCGAGAAACCACACGUGUGCUCUACAUGCGGAAAGGGAUUCAGUGAGGCUGGCAGUCUUAAGAGACACCUGAGAACUCACACUGGGGAGAAACCGUACGUCUGCCAUCAUUGUGGGAAGAACUACAAUGAUUCUGGAAACUUGCAGAGACACAUUAGGACUCACACAGGUGAGAAACCUUACCACUGCUCGGAAUGCGGUAGGAAUUUUCGUGAAAAAAUAAGCCUUGUACAUCACAGGGAAGUUGUUCACACAGAACACCCUCACCGCUGUGCUCGCUGUAUGAAGAGCUUCGUAACUGCAUCUAAACUGGAAUCACACAUGCAAACCCGGCAUCCGCCAAAUGAUCCUCUGAAAAAGCCACAUGUGUGCUCUGAAUGUGGAAGGGGUUUCAGUGAGGCCGGUAGUCUUAAAAGACACGUGAGAAUCCAUACCGGGGAGAAACCGUACGUCUGCCCUCGUUGCGGUAAGGAUUUUACUCAAUCUGGACUCUUACAGAGACACAUGAGAACUCACACGGGAGAGACACCUUACCACUGCUUGGUGUGCGGGAUGAAGUUUCGCCAUACAAUCUCGCUAAAGCAGCACCACCUGAAGAACCACAAGGGGGAGACACUGGGUCCCGUCCGUAUGCACCAAGGCCCUCUUCCAUGCCCCCACUGUGGGGAGAAGUUCUCUACCAAGGCUCUUCUAAAGGAUCACAUUCAGAAGACUCACAAAAGCAGAGUCCACUGCCCACAGUGCGACAAGACCUUCACCACUAAAGGUAGUUUACUAGUCCACCAGAGGAAGCACACUGGAGAGAGGCCUUACCUUUGCCCUCAGUGUGGGAAGAGUUUCUCUCUGACAGGAAGUUUAAAACUUCAUCUCCGGAUUCAUGCGGGUGAGAAACCUUACUGCUGUACUUACUGUGACAAGAGCUUCACAAGUAAGAGCCACUGCAUUCUACACCUGCGAAUCCACACUGGAGAGAAACCGUACCAAUGCCCUGACUGCGGGAGGAGGUUUCGUGAUGGGAAUGUCUUGAAAAACCACCGGCGGACCCACACAGGAGAGAAACCGUUCCAGUGCCACGUGUGUGAUAAAGCCUUCGCCCAGUGGAGCAGUCUGAAGAAACAUCAGGACACACACAGGCUAACACAGCCUGUCUCUAUCCCAAGACUCCCUAAUCCCUACCUACCACCCAAUCAGCAUGUCCCUUAUCCCUACCCAUCACAGACUCAAUGGUAACCUGGUUUAUCACCUGUCCAAUCCCUUAUAGAGGGAUUCCUUACGAUACCCAGACAGAAAAAUACCAAGAUUUGGGGAAAUUCACAAAAUAUAAUCCAUAGAGUAAAACAUUAACACCUUCCUAAUAUUGAGUUGCACCCCAUUUUUCCCUCAGAACAUCCUCAGUUU